AUGUGGUCUUUCAAAAGAAGCUCAAGUAGUAGGACAGCCUUCACUUCUUCAGAAGUCCACAAAGAAAAGCCCAAUGCCACUACUGGCAAGAAAAAGUAUGGUCACCAAUCGGCUCUACCAGAUUUCCUCUACCCACUUUCAUUUGCUGGUCCUCUUCCACCUUUUUGGAUCUCUCCAAAACGGUUCUUUUCUCACCCAUGGGUCCUGUACUCAGUUGGUCUGAUCGGUGUGAUGAUAGCAAGCCUUGGCUGGCCGCUAUUACAUUUUGUCACUGGUCAUUGGAUGAACGAAAUUACCAACUUGAGCAAGACAAUUCAGGAGAGGGAGGACGCAGGAUCAGAUGCUGCAAUCUGGAUGCUAGGCCCCCUACUUGGUGCAUUUUUUGGCAGUUACCUCUGGUUCCAAUGUUAUGGCAGAGCUUCAAGGACAUUAGCAACAAACAUGCGUUUGGAAUACAUCUCCUCUGUUCUGUCCCAAGAUGCAGCCUACUUUGACACCCAUGGUUGUGGGGAGAUCACUACUUGCUCGGACAAAGACAUUAACACGAUAGAAAGAGGUUACGGAGAACAUCUUGGCCGGUCUAUGCGCCUCAUUUGCUACAUGAUUGCAAACAUGACAGUGGCUUUUGCCUCACUUCCAAAGCUGGCUGCAGUAUUGUUUCCCUUCACCAUCUGUCUGCUUGGACUUUUCUUUCUGAUUGAGUUAACAGUCAGAAAGCAGUCAAGGAAAGCUGAAGCAGCAUAUGGACUUUCAAACACAUUCCUGGAACAAUGCUUUGCGGGUAUCAGGGUGGUUCAGACAUUUGCUAUGUCAAAGCCAUUGAUGAAACAUUGGAACACCAGAUUCCUGGAGAAAGUGGAGACCCUACAGACCCGCCCAGGACUUGUGCGUUCCAUCAAAAUUGCAUGGUGUCAUUUCGCUUCGUGUAUCAUCUUGGCUGCUGGAUAUUAUUACGGGUGGUCUCUCAAGGAUGAGGGCUACCAGCCUGGAUCCAUCUUCAAUACCAUCUUCUGCUUCACAACUAUGCACUUUGUGGUAUACACCCGCUUGAGCUCUGUCUCUAGCUUUUACAGUGCCAUUGCCUGUGUGCAAGUCCUACGUCAACACAUUGAAAGACAGCCUUACAUUGAUAUCCGGGAUGGAUCUGGCAUCGGACUCAAGCAAUUCUCAGCUGGUUGCGGACACACUCCCACCAUAACUUUUCAAAAUGUGACUUUUGCCUAUCCAUCCAGACCAGGUAUCAAAGCCCUUGACAACGUGUCGCUUGUAGCGGAGGCAGGUCAAACCACAGCAUUUGUUGGCCCAUCUGGAGCAGGAAAAUCAUCAAUAGCAUGUCUACUUGUCCGGCAGUAUGACCCCAGCACUGCAAAUCAACCAAACCCAUAUGACAUCAGCACUGCCAUGAAGAAGGAUCUGUAUUAUCACUCUCCCAGCAAGACAUACACCACUGACAUCAUAGAAAAGGGCAAUGCUAUCACGGGCACUGCCAGCUUUCAGAUGGGCCUCAAACCUGUAAAAGGGGGAGGCACUAUACUUCUAGAUGGAGUUGAUUUGCGCCAAUACAACCUGCACUCCCUUCGCUCACAAAUCAGUGUGGUGCAUCAGGAACCCCAGUUCAUAUCAGGGAGCAUCUGUGACAACAUAGUUUUGGGUUUGACUGGAAGUCCCGAGGAAUGCCAUUAUAACCACGAAGAGGGCAAUCAAGAAAAGAACUCAACAACUCGGCAGCUUUGUGUUGAUGCACUGAAGAAGGCUGAGGCUUGGGAUUUUGUGCAAAAUCUACCAGAAGGAAUGGAUACCCAAAUCACGGGGGGUCGCUCUGGAAUACUAUCUGGUGGUCAACAACAACGGUUGGCCAUUGCAAGAGCGCUAAUUGGAAAUCCUGCUCUCUUGAUUCUGGAUGAAGCCACAAGUGCCCUGUCCAGCGACGUUGAAUUGAAAAUUAGAAACAACCUGGAAAGGGAACAGCAACAGCGGGGUUUGACCAUCAUAUCCAUUGCUCACCGUUUACAGUUUGCUCAGCGUGCCCACAAGGUUAUCGUCAUGCAGCAGGGCUGUAUUGUGGAUACUGGCACAUUCACGGAGUUAUCAUCACUGGACCGCCCUGACAAGACCUUUGCCCGCCUUCUCGACAAGAAUUCCACCAAGGAGAACCAAAUUCUGCAUGUCAACCUCAGAGAAGACGAUAAGACCAGCCUAACAUCUGACACAGACAGCUCCAGAAGCGAUCUGCCAAAGCAUUCAAGCUUGAAGCAUAGCACAAGGGAUAAUACCUUGCCCCACAGCUACCUAGUCCCAAAGCAGAAUCUAACGGGUCUGAUGCAAUAUAUCUCUACCAGAAGGAUACCCUUCUUUAUGAUGAUCCUCUCCACUGUGCUCAAUGCAUGCACAAGGGUAGUGUUCCAACUAUGGGUGGGACAAUCCAAUGCCAAGCUGAUCGGAGCUGUGAACUCAACAAGUAUAGGGGUCCAAUCGUUGAUUUGGCUUGGUUAUGCUUUCUGGUGGUUUGGAGUCACCUAUGGACAAGACAGCUCCUCAGGAAUCACCCAAAAGGCAGUGGAAAGACAUCUAGUUUCGGCCAGCGCUGAGUCCCUGCUUCAGCAGGAAAUCUCAUACUAUGAAGAAGAACUCUUUUCUGCUGGGAUGCUUACUGCCAACCUGGCAAAACAUACAUCAGGUAUAGCGGAAACUUUCACCAUCAGCCUCACACGGGUUGGGGCACUGGCUCUUGCCUCACUUGGAACAUUAGUGAUGAGCAUGAUCUUGUCAGCCAAGUUUGCUGCCUUGAUAUUUCCAUUCAUACUGUUAGCGGGAGCUGCUGGAUGGCUACAAGUCAAAGCUCUCUCAAAGUUUGAGAUGCUACGCCGAGGUCCUCAGAACCAGCUCUCAGCCAUAAUCAGUGAAGCGGUGGAUUCCAUUGCAACAAUCAUGAUCUUUGGUCAAGAGGGAAAAACUGUCAGUUCUAUCAAGAGAUUGAGUGGGAAUACCAACCAGAUGAGGAAAUGGGAAAGCAUUAAUCAAGCUAUCCAAGCUUUAGGAGAAUCCCUUGCUUUUGGAGUUGGAGCUUUACUGUUAUGGUGGGGAGGUCGCCUUUAUGUCAGAGGAGACAUUUCCCCAGUUGCCUUGUUUGCCAUAUUUGAAGGAUCAUUUAGUGUGAUCUUCAUCAUUACACCACUACUGGAAUACCUGAAUGCUGUCACCCGAGCUCUUCUCAGCUGGGAGAUAGUGCGAAGCUACUUAGAGCGAGAACCCAAAUAUGCCUGCAAGGAACAAUUACAAGUAGAAGGUGCUCUUAUUGAGCAGGCCAUCCAAGGGGACAUCAUCUAUGACAGUAUCACAAUGCGUUACCCAAAACGCAAAGAUCAUCUUGCAUUGGAUAAUCUCAAUUUAUGCUUGAGAGGAGGCCAGGUGAAUGCCAUUACUGGCACUAGCGGAGGUGGGAAGAGCACAAUACUGGCAUUACUGCAACGCUUCUAUGACCCUACUGGUGGCCAAAUUACUUUUGGUGGCCUUGAUUCUCAGGCUAUUCCUCUAGAAGCUCUCCGGUCACAUCUUGCCAUUGUUUCCCAAAAUUCUGUGCUGUUUGAGGGUGACAUACGCUUCAACCUGAGUUUGGGUGCCAAGGAUCCAGACAACAUCCUACAAGCUGAACUUGAGCAUGUUUGCAGACAGGCCUGCAUUUUGGAGUUUGUUCAGAGUUUGCCAGAUGGAUUUGCAACAGACAUUGGUCUAAAGGGUACCAGAUUGUCUGGCGGCCAGAGACAACGUUUAUGCAUUGCACGAGCUCUUUUACGCAACCCAAGCAUCCUUCUGCUAGAUGAGGCUACUUCAUCCCUUGAUGCAGUCAAUGAGGCUGAGGUUGAAAAGGCCUUGCAGAAUGCGUCCAAAGGCCGUACUGUUAUUGUGAUUGCACACAAGCUGCAGUCUAUCCGGAACGCUGACUGUAUCUUUGUCAUUGCUGGUGGAAAGUUGGUGGAAGAGGGGACACACACAAAUCUUGUGGAGAAACGUGGUCAAUACUACAAACUGGUCAAAAGUCAGUUGUGA